AGCAGAUGCUAUUGCUAUGUAGGUGAUAAGUGAUAACCUGAGGCUGUGGUAACGGCUUGCGGCCGCGACGACCGAGGCCUCCAGGUGGCACAAGCUUUGUAUUUCUUUUCUCAAUGAGCCAACCGUUUAAUAAGUCCAACUACCCCUCUUUCAAACGGUUUCUAAGAACUCAAUUCCGAAUCUUGCAUUGGGUAUUGAAACUCGUAACUCGUAACCAGCUCUUCGACAAUAGGUACCUAUGGGAAUGGACACCAAUAUCCAUCUCUACGAAUCAAUUCCUGAGGAAAUGAGUGAAUCUAGUUCAACUGUCGGGGGCGACGCAACGCCUACGCAUUCGACGACGACAGGUGACCUCCUCAGUGACUACCCCAUGACGCCCCCACGACGUAAAGAAACAGUACCGUGGCCAGGACACACUUUUAUCAUACGCGAACCCAUUUCGGGGAAGCAGCUUACCAUCGUCCGCGGAGAGCUCCGGCUCGAGCCGCACAAGGGUGAUCAGGGUGGCUAUCAUUGGAUCUGCGUCGAGAAGAACGGAUGGCUAGGGUUCUGCGAUCCUAUACACAGCAUGUUCAUGGGCCAUGAUAGCCUCGGUACAUUCAUCGCCCAAGUCAGACAUCAUAAAGCCCACGAGUACUUCUGCACUCAAAGGCAUCCGGAUGGCGGCUAUCUGCUUUUGACAAAUUACAAAGAUUGGCUAUGGAAGAUGGUAGUCGCGGAAGACGGCCAGAAACUAGUUACCACGAAGGGUGAUGGCACUGCUUGGGAGUUUAUCAAGGUUUAGGUGAACGGCCUAUACUGUCUUGUACCAUUGGGUACUGCUCUUGUCUCCGCUAUUCCAUAAUACUUCAUGUCUGAUUCUUGAUUCGCUCCCUCGACGAAUUUUGUAUUCGAAGCGAUAUCUACUAUGUCAUAAAGACAUCUUGUUAAGCCCUACUAUUAGCCUUCUUUUCCAUAUCUAUACGCAAGACAUUUCUUUGCGACAGCCGGCUAUGUUAUCUUAGGACAAUGGAAAACCUAGUGGCAUGAGUAUUAUUUCGGAUUAAGUGAAAAUGUAAGCCUUACUGAACUAGCUGUGUCAGGAUUCUAGAUGAGACAUCUAGAACAAAGGACGUGUUCAGUACCUUAUAUAGAGAUAUUUCAAAGAGACUAGAUGAAGUUGGCGUUCGUAGAUAUCUUAUUGAAAACACUGUAGCUUGGCAGCUCAUAACUCGGGUCUCUACUAAGACGUAGCGGUGUUUAGGCCGUGCUGAAAUAGGGGCUAGGGGUAGAAGCUGAAAGGUGUUAUCCUUAACAAUAAAGGCCACUUCGUCAAGCAAGAUCACAAAAUGAAAUAAAUUGAUCUUGGACAUGAUAAAAAAUAAGUUAAACCACCCUUACUGGGGCCACCCUAGUGGGGGCCACCCAUUUCCCAUACAAAAUCAACAACUUCGCAUGUCUAUAAUUAAUUUAAGAAAAUAGA